GUAUAUCAUUGCGUACAUCUUCCCUCAAUAAAUAAACCUGCAAAAAAGUUGAAUCUUCUUCUUCCUUGAAAAUCUCAAAUCUUACCGUGAUUACCAGAAUCAAGUAAUCGGCGUUGAGUUUCCGGCAAUGUGGAAGCUCCGGUGGCUAGUGAGCCUGCUUAUCUGCUCGUUGUCGUUGGCCGCUGCUCAGGGAUCUGGUAGCAAAACCAGUCUUUGGCCAACUUUAAAUGGAGAUCCUCCUUUAGUUGUUGCACGUGGUGGGUUUUCAGGGUUAUUUCCUGAUUCCAGUUACAAUGCCUACACUUUCGCUUUGCAGACUGGUGUACCUGACAUGAUAUUAUGGUGUGACGUACAAUUAACUAGUGAUAGUUUUGGGAUCUGUGUGCCAAAUCUUAAUCUUGAGAAUGGUACCACAAUUUCUUCGGUGUUUGAUAAGAGGAAGAAUACCUACCCUGUGAAUGGGGUGCCUACGACAGGAUGGUUUCCUGUGGAUUUCUCAAUUGACGAACUAGACAAAGUCUUCUUAACACAGGGCAUCUUGUCUCGAAGUCCAGAUUUUGACGGCGCUUUCAACAUACUUACUGUUGAAGAUGUUGCUGGGAAGGUGAAACCACCUGGACUGUGGUUGAACAUCCAGCAUGAUGCAUUUUUCAGCCAACACAAUCUGAGUAUGAGAAACUAUGUCAUCAGUACAUCUCGAAAAGUUGUUGUUAAAUACAUAUCAUCUCCAGAGGUGAAUUUCUUGAGAAGCAUUGUGACCAGAUUCAGAGCAAGCAAAACCAAACUAGUUUUCCGUUUCCUAGGACAGGACGAGACCGAGCCAUCAUCCAAUCAAACAUAUGGUUCUUUGCUGACUAAUCUGACAUUUAUCAAGACAUUUGCUUCCGGGAUUCUAGUUCCUAAAUCGUAUAUAUGGCCUGUGGGGGGAGAUUUAUAUCUGCAACCAUCUACCUCAUUGGUCUUGGACGCUCACAAGGAGGGUCUAGAAAUUUUUGCUUCUGAUUUUAUGAAUGACGUGCAACUUCCGUAUAAUUACAGUUAUGAUCCUGUAGCAGAGUAUCUCAAUUUCAUUGACAACGGAAAAUUCUCUGUGGACGGUGUGCUUUCUGACAACCCAAUUACUCCAUCAUUAGCUUUUGAUUGCUUAUCUCACAUGGGAAAAAAUAAGUCACAGCAAGCAACACCUUUAAUCAUCUCAUUCGAGGGAUCAAGCGGGGACUAUCCUGGUUGUACUGAUCUGGCAUAUAGAAAAGCUGUUUCUGAUGGUGCAGAUAUUAUUGACUGUCCUGUUCAAAUGACAAGUGAUGGGAUACCUAUUUGCUUAGGUUCUAUAAACCUUCUUGAUAGAACAACAGUCGCUGAUUCUGAUUUUAGCAACCUUACAUCAAGCAUUCCUACACUUCAGCCGACUGGUGCAGCAAUAUAUACCUUCAGCCUCACAUGGAGCCAGAUUCAGAGCUUGAGACCUGCAAUGUUCAACACAUUUAAGAACUACACUUUGUUUCGGAAUCCAAAAGCCAAAAAUGAUGGGAAGUUUAUGAGCUUGUCCGACUUUCUGGACUUUGCAAGCAAUGCUACUUCUAUUUCUGGUGUCUUGAUCAACAUUAAGAAUGCGCCAUACCUAGCAGCAAAACAAGGAUUAAGUGUUGCAGAUGCUGUUAUGGAUGUAUUGAACAAUUCUACUUUAAAAAAUCAGAGGACCAAGAAAAUCUUAAUCCAAUCUCCCGAUGGCGGGGUUCUGAAAUUAUUCAAGGCGAAAAGCAACAGACAUGAGCUUGUUUAUGAGGUUGACGAGAAUAUUCGCGGUGCCCUAAACACAACCAUCUCGGAUAUCAGUAAGAUUGCUAAUUCCGUUGUCAUUGGCAAGCAAUCUGUCUUCCCUCGGAAUGCAGGAUUUCUUCUUGGUCAAACUGAUGUUGUGGCCAAGCUUCAGGCAUUUAAGCUCCCGGUUUAUGUACACAUGAUGAACAACGAGUUCGUUUCACAACCAUGGGAUUUCUUUUCAGACCCGUAUGUCGAAAUAAACUCAUACGUUACAGGAGCUAAUGUCAAUGGUGUUAUUACGGAUUAUCCAGCUGCUGCAUCCAAAUACAGAAGUAACCGGUGUUUAGGAUUACCACCAGAUCAGACCCCACCAUACAUGAUCCCCGCUUUCCCUGGCCAGUUACUGACACUCAUGUCACCCCAGUCGAUGCCACCAGCCGAGGCUCCCAACCCAAUCCUGACCGAGGCUGACGUAGCUGAUGCACCAAUCCCUCCCGCCGUAAAGCCACCACCACCCGCCGCUAGUAACACGUCAACAUCACCGCCGUCAGCCUCACCAAGCGGUCAACCACCUAAAGCCACCGUGUGGAUUCUGCUUUCUUCUUUGGCCAUCAUCGUCGCUACCUUUCUCAUGCUUUAAAACUAGCAAAUUCGACCCCUUUUUGUGAUCGAUUCGUCUCCAAUCCGUUGUAUCUCCGACGUUGGCGGCGAUCACAUAGUUUAGAUUAUUUAUAAAGAGUGUUGUUGUGACGGCAUUCUCGGCUAUCGUGAAUCGGCUUCUACGAUUUAGUAUGUUGUAAGUAUUAAUUUGUUCCUGGUAUGUAAUUUUGAGAACAAACAUCGAUUGUGGGUGAAGAACACAUGUAAUUUUAACUAUUAAUUCCCUUCAUUGUUUCAUUAUCACGUUUUGGGC